ACAAGAUAACUUUGGGUCUUCCUCCAAAAGACCCGGCUGGAGAAUAUUUAUAUGUGAGCCAAGAUUUUUGGUACCAAGAAUCCCAGUUGGGGAGUUUUUAAGAUUUCAUUUGUGCCUGCUAAUGCUUUGGAUGAUAAUUAAUCUUGAUUUACUUUAGUUCAUUUGAAAUCACGCUGAAAUCGUUCAGAUAAAAUGGGCACCAAAAGCACCAAUUCUUGUUGGAACAAUAAUACUUCAGAAGCUCAUGGUGGACCUCUCUACCACAUGAGCUCUCUCACAGCGGCCCUUCCCUGCAAGAGAGGGUUGUCGAAGUUCUAUGGUGGCAAAUCACAAUCAUUCUCUUGUCUAGAAGAUGUGACAUGUAUAGAUGAACUCGCCAAGACACAGGAUUCUUAUUACAGCAAGAAAAAAAAUAAGGGAUGUCAUGAACGUGGAUUGAGACAUAGUAAGUCAUAUGAACCUAGAAUAUCAUCAGCUUCAAUGAUUUCCAAGAGACCUCAGAAGGCUUCUAAAAUGAUGAUAGGUAAAAAGGCCAUGAGUUUGUCAAUGAGCUCAGAGUUAUCUCUUUCGAAUGCUCAGAAUAAUCCAUAGUCUAGAAGUUGUAUUGAGGUAUGCAACACCUACGGAAGGAAGAUGAAGCAAUACAAUCAAUAUAAAAAUACCGAGCUUAAGAAGUUUUGAUGGUUUAAAUCUACAACACACAUUUUAAGAAUGAUUCUUAAGCCAUUUUUCCCACCGUAAUAGCAUUAGAUCGGAGACAAAAUGAAGCUCCUUCACUCUUUAUGGUAGUAUUUUAUAUGUAAUCGAUGCGGAUUUGUAUGAAUGAAAUUUUUUGAUCGAAGUU